AUGGAGUGUACUUUGAGGUUUGGACAUUUUAAAAAUCUGAAAAAUAAGUGUUGCGGAUUCCACCAUGACAGUCCAUUCAAAGAGCAGCCGCACACACCAGGAGCAGAGACCAGGGUGACAAAAUAUGGUACUUCUCAUUCUCUGGACGGCAUACUGGAAACACCAAAGGAAAACCUCAUUCAAAACCAAGGCCCAGGCUUGUCUUUCAGCCUGCAGAGAAAGGACAGACGAAAGGAAACCACCCGAAGUGUUCAAAAUGACCCUAAGAAGGAACAUGUAUUGCCCACAGGCUGGUGUGAGACUCCCAAAAUAUCAAAAAAGGAUACCUCACUUCGCAGGCGUCUGCUCAUGUCCAGGUCUGUCACAGAUAGCAGGGUGGGCUGCCCUAAAACGCCCAGAGGGAGAGAGACCAUUUGCUCUGUCAACACAAAGUAUGAAGGAUUUUGCAGAAUGAGCAGUGGAGACUUUGACUCUCCAGAGACUGUGUUAUCAGAGGCUCUAGCCACAAGCACUUUAAAAGCGGAGGAUGUAGCUUUGUCAUGUAGGAAACGACGUCUCAUGUUCUCUGAAGCAAUCACAUCUACUCUUGAAGAUGGGAAAAGUAAUGUUGGUAGUCCUUCGCUUUUUCAGAGCAAGGUGCUGGAGACUCCAACUGACAAAGAUCUUGAUGAAAGUAUCGUGUCUGGGCUCCUUGCUACAAACAUAUCUGAGACGCCCGUAUCUAGCAAGUUCAUGCCUCUUGUGAAGGAAGAUUUUCAGACUCCAGUCAGCAACGUAGCCACAAACCUUUCUGAGAGUUUGAGCAUUUUGAACACGCCAUCUUUCACGUUUGAUUCCAAGCUUGAUACUUCAGCCUCUGAGGACAGUGGCUUUAGUUCUCUUGGCCUUGAUAAAUCUCAUGACUCCUCAAUAGACCAUGAUGGUUCUUUCCAGGAGCUCUUAUUGCCAUCGUCCUCUAAGAGUAGGGAGAAGAGGCGACCAAGGCUUGAGCGGCAAUGCAGACUGUCCACGCUCAGAGAGGGGGGAUCGCAAUCUGAAGAAGACCUUUGUCCAGUGAAUACUGUCCUUAAAAAGGAACAACUGGACCUUAAGAGGGCAAGGUCCCCCCUCUCAAUGGAAGACGUUUUUCUGGAUGGGACUCCUCUUGGAGUGACCAGACUGAAAAUGGAGGACCUGUCCUUGACUCCCGCCCUUCAGAUGAUGCAUGCCAUUAGUCGACAUAGUGCGAGGAUAAUGCCAGAGCAGACCAGCCUGGAGGAACUUUUAAAGGCAUCUCAGGAUGAACUGAUCAAAACCACAAUGCCUUUGUCAGGACUGAUUGGUAGGAAAAUGGGAAUAGGCAAGCUUGACAUCCUUGCAGAGCUCAAGAUGAGGGAUCUAAGACACAUCAUAGCUAUGAUAUUGCACCACCUGUCUCCUGAUGAUAUCUACAGAUUCGGCCAGGUGUCCAGGAUUUGGGAUGAAAUCAUUUUACAAGAUAAAAAGGCUUGUCGCAGGAGAAGAUCUUACCUGAAAGAUCGGAAGACUGCGUUUGAGCGGGGUAGUGCAACACAUGUUCCCGAUGCAGAAACCAGGCUAAAUCUUGUUAGCAGAUCAGCUCUGAGUUCAGUCCAAGCACAGUCCAAGACCCCAAGCUCUCGCACUCCAUUAGGAAAAGGCACUUUCACCCCUAUCCAGGACAAAGUUUCACAUUCAAGCUGUAAACGUGAAGAAUUUCUUCAAGUGGCAAAAACCCUCUUCAGCCAUGAAUGUCUAAAACCAUGUCCUCGAUGCCAGCAUCCAGCUCGAUGUCACCCUGUCAAGAGGGAAGGUUUGUGUAGUUGGGGAGACUGUGGAUUCCAGUUUUGCACAACCUGUCUGUGUGCCUACCACGGGUCGAAAGAAUGUGUCUAUUUGUCUGUCAAACCAAGAAGCAAAAGGGAUGUAUUACCUGGCAGUGCACAGAGCAAGCGCAAUGUUAGGAGAUUGUGA